CACUAAAACGCACCCACUCUCGAUCUGAAAAAACACACACACGCACACAAUCAAACAAGCAUUCAAACUCUCAUCUCUGGAAAACCAUAACUUCGCAAUUAACCGUCAUCUUGCCGAUGAACAACAACAACAAUAACAACAACCGCCGGUAUCCUCCCGGUAUCGGUAACGGCCGUGGCGGCGGAGGAUAUUACGGCGGCAGCGGUGGCAAUUAUCAAACAAACCCUAAUUACCAAAAUCAACCUAGAAACCCUAAUUACCAAAAUCAACAGUCACAACAACAAUAUAAUCAGCAGCAGAAGCAACAGUGGCUAAGAUUAAACCCUAAUAAUAAUACUAAUAAUAAUAAUCCUACUGGUUCUUCUUCUUCUAAUAAUAAUAAUACUAAUUUUGAAGUUGAGAAAACUGUUCAGUCAGAAAACACUACUACCGUCGAUUCAAGCUCUCAGGACUGGAAGGCACAACUGAACAUACCUGCAGCUGAUAGCCGUUUCAAGACUGAGGAUGUUACAGCUACCAAAGGAAAUGAAUUCGAGGACUACUUUUUAAAAAGAGAGCUACUUAUGGGAAUCUAUGAAAAAGGUUUUGAAAGGCCUUCUCCCAUACAAGAGGAGAGUAUUCCUAUUGCUUUGACUGGUAGUGAUAUUCUUGCUAGAGCAAAAAAUGGAACCGGGAAGACAGCAGCGUUUUGCAUACCAGCACUUGAAAAACUCGAUACAGAUAACAAUGUCAUCCAAGUUGUGAUACUAGUUCCAACUAGAGAACUGGCUCUUCAGACAUCACAAGUUUGCAAGGAACUUGGUAAGCAUUUGCAAAUUCAAGUAAUGGUCACCACUGGAGGAACAAGUUUGAAGGAUGAUAUCAUGCGCUUAUACCAACCUGUCCAUUUGCUCGUUGGUACUCCUGGAAGAAUUCUUGAUCUAACAAAGAAAGGAAUUUGUCGUCUUAAUGAGUGCACAAUGCUGGUGAUGGAUGAGGCUGACAAGCUGUUGUCCCCAGAGUUUCAGCCUUCUGUUGAGCAUCUUAUCAGUUUUCUUCCCGAGAACCGGCAAAUAUUAAUGUUUUCGGCCACAUUUCCUGUUACUGUCAAAGAUUUCAAAGAUAGAUACCUAAGAAAACCGUAUGUUGUUAAUCUAAUGGAUGAGCUUACUCUUAAAGGUAUCACCCAGUUUUAUGCUUUUGUUGAAGAAAGACAGAAAGUUCACUGCCUCAACACUCUCUUCUCAAAGUUGCAAAUCAACCAGUCAAUUAUUUUCUGCAACUCUGUGAACCGUGUAGAACUAUUAGCCAAAAAGAUUACUGAGUUGGGCUAUUCUUGCUUUUAUAUUCAUGCUAAAAUGUUGCAAGAUCACCGCAAUAGAGUGUUCCAUGACUUCCGCAAUGGUGCAUGUAGAAAUCUUGUUUGUACCGAUCUAUUUACAAGAGGUAUAGAUAUCCAAGCAGUCAAUGUUGUUAUCAAUUUUGAUUUUCCUAGGAAUGCCGAGACCUAUUUACACAGGGUGGGUCGUUCUGGAAGAUUUGGUCAUCUGGGGUUAGCUGUGAAUUUGAUUACUUAUGAAGACCGUUUUAACUUGUAUAGGAUUGAGCAGGAGCUUGGAACUGAGAUAAGACAAAUUCCUCCCCAAAUUGAUCAGGCCAUUUAUUGUCAGUGAUCCAUAACAUAUGCUUUACAAUGGUCAAUGAUGUGUACCCUGCAGAUUUAAAAUCUUUGUGCGUUCUGAAACCUGAAAUCAACGUUGAGAAAGCAGGAGUUGAUACAUGGAUUGUGGGAUAGAGAAAGUAGAAGGAUAACAGUGGUUCAAGGCAAAAUGACAGACAAUAUGUUAGAAUCUUUUUUAAUUUCUAUACUUCUCUUUUUUAGUUAGAAUCUGUUAUAUGCUAGCUCUGUAUGUAGCUGAAUGUGAGUGAAUAGCAUAUUAGCAUGUAGUCUGUUCUUCAUAUCCUUAAAAGAAAAAAAAAAAAAAAAAGGCAAAAAAAAAAAAAAGAGAAAAAAAAUAGUAUCAAGAUUUAGAGAACUGAAAUACCUUCUGAGCAUUUUUUAGAUUAAUUUUGGAUAUCAAUUUGAAGUUUCUUUUUCCUUGCUCA